AGUUGGAUGGGAGAUCAUAGUGAUGUCAGGACAGGGAGGGCUUACCACAGGAGAUAAGGCCAUCUAAUGGAGAUGAAAUGAAUCGGUAUUUAAAAGGUCUUUUUUAGUUAAGGCAGUUAGCUGGCAGCAGACCGAGCUCAGACCAGUUGGCUGUUUAGUGGGAAGCUAUUUAGUUGGAAGGGAAAACAGGGACAGUGGAGAGGCAGGUUCUGUGAGCUCUCCAAAGGUUUUUCUUUUGCCUUUUUUCCUGAAUUACGACAAAACCAGUUCCAAGCUCUGCUCACUGGUGUGAACUUGAAGCAUUUGAGUGGAGGUCAAAGGUUGUGCGUGUCAUGACCCCACGGGAGCAGCUGAGGAAGAUGACAGCGCUGGGAGAGCAGGGAUCUUUGGAUGAGAAGCACUGGUACCGCCUGGUCAAUGGCAUGUCGGCUGGAGAGCUGAGGCAGAGACAAGAGCUGAUAAUGAGGAACCAGAUGGCCAUGGCUCCACAGAUCCUUGCCCAGGGGCAGCAGAGGUUACAGGGGGUGCCAGCACAGUUCGAACCUCGCUUCAUGGAGAGGGAGCUGGUUCCCCCGACUGAGAUGGUAUCCUCAGAUGGCAGACAGAUGCACAUGGGACCUCACCUGGGUCCACCUCUACCCCCACAUGCCAAUGUCAUGCCUGGGAGAGCGUUCCCUGGAGCAGGUGGGUAUGGCUUUAUGUCCUCGGAGCCCAUGGAAACAGUUGCCCGGCGACAGGAGCUCAUUCACAAGCAAAAUAUGGCCAGAAUGGAGAUGAAUGCCAUCCUGCAUCAGAAGGAGCUGGAGAACGCCCACCAGAAGGGACUCAUGGGAAUUGAUAGUUCCAUGUCAUACCCUUCAAACCCCAUGGCGUUCAGAGGUCGUCAACGCAUGCCAGACGGCCACGAUGUCUUCGUCCACCGCCCCACCCUGGAUGAACUGCACUCCAACAGCAUACUCAUGUCAGCCAGCCCUUACCCACCGAUGAGCACGCUGCACAGAGAGAGGGGGCGCAGGGCCGGUAGGAGGCCGACCGCUCACAAGAACGUGGAGAGCCAUGUGGUCAACCUGAAGGGCCAGAAUGAAGAUAAAAGUGUAGAGCAAAGCCCGGGAGCCACAUCAGGGGAGGAGAAAGAAGUGGAGGCAAAGGGGGACAUGGGAGAGGAGUGUGUCGCCAGUAAGACCCAUCAUCAAGCAAAAAUAGACUCUGAGCUCGCCACAGGAAGCAGGAAGAACUACAAAGAGGGGGAGCCAGGCCUGCGUAAAGCCUGUGUGAACAGUCAAGAUGGGUGCUCAGAUGUGGCCAACAGCGGUACAAAUGAUAAAGACAUAUCCAACCAAUGUUCAGCUUUCCAGGAGAAAUUCAUGUAUCCCUCUGCUGGCGGAGCCCUCACAGGGAUGCCUUACAUGUUCCCAGUCCCUGGAAAUGGUUUCCUUCCACCUGGUCCGCCCAAUCUCUUUCAUAAUGGUGAGGAGGUGUCCGAAGACAUCAGGAAGUGGACAGUGAAUGACGUUUACAACUUUAUCAACAGUAUACCCACAUGUUCAGAAUAUGCUCAGACGUUCAAAGACCACAUGAUUGAUGGGGAGACGCUGCCGCUCCUGUCAGAGGAGCAUCUACUGGACACACUGGGGCUCAAACUGGGACCAGCUCUCAAGAUCCGCUCACAGGUGUCGAGGCGUCUGGGCAACAUGUUGUACAUGAUGAACCUGCCACUCUCCACCGCCACCCUGCAGGCCCCUCCAGAGAAGCCCGGGGACCGCUCACCGGAGACCGGCUCCCCUGUUAACUGCAACAGUGAGGAGAUGAUAGCGAGUCCAAGAGAGCCUGAUGUCCUCAAAUCCACAGAGCACCUUCACGACACAGAAAACAACUCCCCUCCAUCUGCCAGCAGUGAGACGGCCUGAUCAGUGCUGAUAAUGUGGACAGAUCAAACCCACGAACCUCCUGCUGCCACAGAUUUGUUUACAUAAUGAUUAACUGGAUUGAAGAUGCUUUUUUUACUAUUUGCUACCUGGGUGUUUAAUGCACAGGUUCACACUAGCUCCAGGUGUCUGCUAAAUAUUUGUAUUUUACAUAUAUAUUUACAUAUAUUUUUAAUAACAACUGUGGUGUGAAACUGAUGUGGAUUUUGAGUUAUGAGACGAGAAGAAGGUCCAAUUAAAUUUUAUUUUCUUCUUUUUAAACAUAUGAUUGUAGCUUUAAACGUAAUUAUUUUUAUAAGCUGCUAAGUGUCAUUUCUCCAGUAGGCCAACAUAAGGACCAUAGAAAUUAUUUGGGAAUGGUUUUAUAAUGGAAUAAUGAACUAUCUGUUUUGGA